UAAAUGCCCAGAUUGCUUAAUGAAGAAACAUGAAAAGGUCUUGUUGGAGCUCGACCCGGUUUCGGCCGCUUGUGUCGAGCACUUCGAAACUUUUUCACUAACGUUAGCAUUUCGGCUGACUCGGGUGUAUGUUUAGGAAACAGGCAACAAAACGUGUGGCCUUACUUCAAAUCUACGAUGUAUCAGGGCGUUCAAUUACCCUUGUGCCUCAUAUGUGGUUUAUAUUCACAGGAUAUCCAGAAGCACCGUCAGGGCUUUCUGUCCUCUCUGAAGUUGUCUAACGGUUAUAUUUUACCUGAGGGCAAGAUGACGCCCAACACACUGUUCGUCGGAGGGAUUGACAUGAAGGUGGACGAGAACGAGAUCAGAGAGUUCUUUGCCAAGUACGGGUCUGUGAAAGAAGUGAAAAUCAUCACUUAUCGAGGAGGAAUAUGCAAAGGGUAUGGUUUCGUUUAUUUUGGCGACGACGUUGAUAUCCAGACUAUCGUUGAUCAGCAAAUCAGUUUUAAAGGGAAAAAACUCAAACUGGGACCUGCCAUCAUGAAAGAGCGAAGUUCUCGUUCAGUGUCGUCUCCAAUGAUUGGUCCAUCACAGUGGAUAAGCCCCACCCCAUAUGUGUACUGCAGCUGCUGUCCCCCAAACCUGGCCCCGCCCUCACCGGUCUUCAAUGGAGGGAAUCAAUACAUGCAGCCUUAUUCGUACUCCAGUCCUCCAGGAUUUAUUGUCCCACAGGUGCCCAUGAAUUAUGCGCAGACCACAUAUGCCUACCAGUAUCCAGUGCCACAGUGGUGUGGAGAGCAGAGGACAAGGCUUGUCAAUCAGAAUUAUGUGGAUUGUGGAGUCCAAACUUUGCUAACCCUUCUGUAGCCUUCAAUCACAAGCACAGACUCCUUUUCUUGGGUAGACUCCAGUAGAAGCAGAGGACAACUUGGAGAUAAAGCAGUGAACUUUAUUGUGCUUUGAAACACCAUUGCAGAUAUGUUCACCCUGGGUGUGAUGUGAAGGUGCAUUUUAAGGAAAUGACUGAUUUAUGAUCAUAUGAUCAUACUGUAACCUAAUACCUGACACAUCCACACUGAAACAAGACCAGCUUUGUUUGCUUUUGCUUAUUCAACCCAUUCUUUUUGUAUUGUCUUUUUUUUUCUUUGUCAUGGCCAACUAACUUUAAAGGCACCUUUUAAGCUCACAAAUGCAUAUUUAUAUUUUAUGUUUGCUUAUUUUAACGUUAGACUCACUGUUGGUGAUGCAUUUAAUGUAUUUAGGUAACUGUUCUGAUGUGUUUAGUGUCUUUUUCUCAUUUAGACUGGGGAGUGUUCACUGUUAGUUUUAUUUUGGGGUUUUCACAUUCAGGGCACAAGUUUGGUUAUUGCGCACCAGGGUACAGUGGCUUUCCCCUCCUUUUUUACUCUGAAUCUGCUUUCAUCAGUUGUCGUCACUGUACUUCAAUUAAUUUUUCGUUAACACUUUUUCUUUGUUGGUGCAGUUAAGAGGUUUAAAAAAGAUCACUGCAUUAAUUCAAAAAAUACAAAUCUUCUUUUUUUUUUUUUUUUUUACUGAGCCCUGUAAGUAACAGCAGGUCACGGGACGGUUGACUUGUUUUAAAUUAAAGCAAUGAUGGAAUAUUGAUAUCACUGUGAACACAGUCAUACUGCAUCUUUCUAUUUUUCCAACACUUUUUGCACCAGUUCAUUUUAAUUGAGUUUUGUUUUAUUUCUUCAUUUUUUGGAAGGUUUGUAAAGUUACGGGUAUUGUUGUUCUGAACACAAACCACUGUCAUUUUAUUCAUGGAGUUGUAACACUGUUCUUAUAGGUUUUUCUUAAGGGGAGCUUUGAUUUAAUAGCUGUAGCAUAUUCAUCAAAUACUUUUUAAAAUCCAAACCUAACUUGUAUUGAAAUCUUGCAGUUUUAUGUCCUCAUUUUCCAUGGCUUCAUGGGAGUUGUGGUCUCUUAUUGUACCAUAGUCUGAUAGCUUCUAAUCACUGUACUCCGGGUUUGCCGUGUGUGUAUGUUUUGGGUUUUGAUGUUGGCAUUGUACGGUUUUGCUGUUUUUGUUGUUAAUAAAAAAUAAAGUUGCAUUUA